AUGCCUUCUGAAGGCUUGACACUUGGUGAAGACUUGUUCGAAAAAAUUACGUCAAUAGAAGAGAAGAAAACGUCCAUGUCAAAUAUAAACAAUGGUUCUUGUUCCCACUUCGAUGAUGACAUGCAUCGUGAUCAGCAACGAAGACCGUUAAAGAAAGCCUUUGAGAAGUCUCAGAAGCAUGGAUCCGCCUUCACUACAAAUAGCGGUCAAAAUUUUGGAGCUUGUUCAAAUGACAGUACUGUUGUCGGACAGAAUGAAGAAGUAUCCAGGAGGGAAGAAAGGAAAUACCUUGGAGAUGAGCCUGCCGGACUUCAGCCGGAUAGGAAGGAAUCUGUUGUGAGUGAAGUAGAAUGUGAAGCUAAAGAUGUUAGCUUAGAUAUCUUGAAACAACGCGAGCUGGCCUUGCGUAAACUUCAGGAGAAGCUCAAGGCGAUGAAAGCCAGUCGUCAAGGUAAGAGCGGUACAAGCCUGGAUUCAUCGGCAGUCUUAAGAUUAGAAGAAAAAAGAAAGUUGAAGCGCCGCAUCAGCAAAAUUAAGAUGAAGCAGCGUAGAGCCGAAGAAAGACGACCAGACGUUGGUAGAGAGAAGAACAUAAAAACGAUGUUCGAUACAGCGAAAUCGAAAGAUGAGACAGUUUCAUUUUCAAAAUUCGAUUUCAUAGUCAGAGUUAACUCUAGGAAGAAAAGGGUCGAAAAGAGGGAAGAGAAGCUAGAGAAACUUCGCGAAAGAGAGCCUGAGAAGGCGUGUGAGGUGGAAGACAGCAUUAGGUGGAGCCGUGUUUUAAAUAAAGCACAGGGCGUCAAAGUUAAGGAUAACAUGCAGCUCCUACAGAAGGGUUUGGAACGAAAGGAGAAGUUAAAGGAAAAGAAGAAAGAAAAUUGGUCGAAUAGAAAAGCUGUUUUAUUGAGAGAAAAAGAGAAGAAGCAGAAAAAGCGGAAAGAAAACAUCCAGAAAAGAAUUGAUGAUAACAAGAAAAGAAAAAUGAAGAUGCUUAAAAAGAAAGGCAGACUUCUAUGA